AUGCUAGCUGAAUCUGUAUCCCCGGAUCCUAUUCCGGGGAAAGAAGAAGCGAAAAAAAUUGGAGGGGAGGAGACGAGUUUGAAGAAAUCGGUUUCGUCUUUAAAUUUCAAGAAAUUUGUUGCAAAGGGUUUGGGCAGUAGUUCAAUGAAAAACCUAUUCAAAUCGAAGAAACCUCGGCUUCCUGUCGACGUCGUUAAACAAACCAGAGCCUCCCUUUUGUUCCUCCAUUCGGGUGGCGAAGGUGGUGGUGGUGGUGCACACAAGCGUUUUGACAAGGUGGAAGAAUUAGAUGUCCUCAUCGCUGAAAUGAAGUCGAUUCUUUAUGGCUACGGUGAAUCUCAACCUGUUCCAGAAGCCUGCGCGCAACUGACUCGAGAGUUUUUCAAAGAUGACACACUGCGCCUCCUAAUUCUUUGUCUCCCUCAAUUGAACUUCGAGGCUCGUAAGGAUGCCACCCAAGUUGUUGCGAAUUUGCAAAGGCAACUCGUUAAUUCACGCUUGAUUGCUUCGGAUUACUUGGAAGCAAAUUUAGAUCUUAUGGAUCAGUUGAUACCUGGGUACGAGGAUCCAGUCAUUGCUUUGCAUUAUGGAGGUUUGUUAAGGGAGUGUCUACGACAUCAAGUUGUUGCAAGAUAUGUUUUGAAGUCAGAACAUAUGAAGAAGUUUUUUGAUUAUGUGCAACUUCCAAAUUUUGAUGUUGCUUCAGAUGCUGCAGCUACCUUUAAGGAGCUUAUGACAAGGCAUAAGUCCACAGUUGCAGAGUUUCUCACUGGAAACUAUAGUUGGUUCUUUGCCGAAUUCAACUCGAAGUUGUUGGAAUCUACGAAUUACAUCACUAGGAGAUAUGCCGUUAAGCUUCUUGGAGAUGUCUUGCUUGAUCGCUCGAAUUCUGGCGUGAUGAUACGUUUUGUCAGCUCCAAGGAUAACAUGAGGGUUCUAAUGAAUCUUUUGAGGGAAUCACACAAGAGCAUCCAAAUUGAUGCAUUCCAUGUGUUCAAGCUUUUUGUGGCGAAUCAAAAUAAACCUUGUGACGUCGUCAACUUGCUAGUUGCAAAUAGAAACAAGCUUCUACGCUUCUUCGAUGGCUUCAGCAUGGAUAGAGACGAUGAAUUAUUCGAAGCAGACAAAGCUCAAGUUGUAAAGGAAAUUGAGGAACUUCGACCAAGAGCACCAACCACCUGCUCUGGAGAGCUGUCCAAACCCAUGGCAGCAUAA